AUGCGCACCUCGGCCUUGCUCACGACCCUCUUCCUCGCUGCGACGACGCUGGCCCAGGCUGUCGAAGAGGGCAUUGCACCCGGUGCCCAUAUUCCCAUGGGCUGCCGCACUUCUAUCGACGGCCCCUUCAGAAUAGGCACGCUCGAGAACCCUGCCCUUCGCAAGCGCGAGUCUGCCCAAGAGGCCUCGGACGGCGAUCUCCUCUGCACCCUCAAGGACGGCAUUCUGCACGACCAGUUUGGCCGCACAGGCUCCAUUGUGGCUAACCGCCAAUUCCAAUUCGACGGCCCGCCUCAAGCUGGCGCAAUCUACACGGGCGGCUUCUCGGUCUGCAGCAACGACUCGCUUGCGCUGGGAGGCAGCACCCGCUGGUGGCGCUGCAUGAGCGGUCCGUUUGGAAACCUCUACGACGAGUGGAUUGGCGCCCAGUGCCACGAGAUCCGCAUUCAGGCCAUCUUUGACGACACGACAAAGUCGAGCUCGCAGAGCGCGUCGGCGAGUAGAACCGCAUCCAAUGGCGCAUCCAGCACACCUUCUGCCAGCCCCACCAACGGUGCCUCGAGCGACAGCAGUUCGAUCAAGACGGCAUCCAGCUCAAGCCCUGAAUCUGCUACACCCAUCCGUACCUCGGGCUCUGGGUCCUCGCCAACGUCUGUACCCGCAGGCGCCAAUGCCUCGCCCACCAGGGAGGCUGAUGCCCCUCCAGCCAAUGGCGCAGCAACAUCUCUGGGCGCUGCGCCGUUUGCUCUAUUCGGCGCAUCCAUGCUAUUCCUUGGCGCUGCCCUGGUGCUUUAA